UAAAUGAAGGUCUAGGCAGAGUAUGGACGAUAUAAAAGAAUCAGGGUGUUCUCAUAUCUUAUAGUUCACAUCAUCAGCCCCAACAUGAACACAUUGAUCAUUCUCGUCCUCGUUGGCAUUUCCACAGCCAGUGCUUCCAUCAUAGGCCUAGGCGGCACUGUGGCGCUUGCCGCACCUGGAGCACCUGCCGUCGCCAUCCAAGGACCUUCGUCACAAGCAGCUUUGACGGGUCCGGACGGCAGCGCCGUUGCCGCAGCGACGCUAGGCGGCACCGUAGCCACGGGAGGUACUAUUGGUGGAGUCGUUACAGCCGCCGUUGCUCCUGGCAUCGUCGCAGCUGCACCGGCUGUUGUAGCAGCUCCUGCUCUGGCUGCUCCUGCUGGAGCUGUCAUUGCGGGACCCUCGGGAACGAUCAUUAGUACUGGAAUCGCCACCACGAAGCUCCUAGCUGUUCCUCGUGUAUGGAUAGGUUAAACGUUCCAAAAAUGUGAUCUCCAAUUGCCGUACAAAGAAAAAGGGAUUGAUCUUACCACUACGCUGUGUUCAAUGCAUUCAAUGUUCAAAUAUAAGUGUAUCUCAAUUAUCAAAUAGUUCGCAAUUUGUUGCCCUUGGAUGAUGCAACUAUUUUUUAAAUUUGUAAUGUUUGCCCAUUCUAGUCUACGGAAUAAAAUCUUACAAAUUUA